AUGCAGUUUGGAAUUCUUUGAAUAAUUAUUUCAUUUGUUGAAAUCAAAAAUUUAUUAUAACUAGUCUGGUUGUGAAAACAAAAACCUAAUAACUGGUUAGGCCAUCAUGACAGUGACAACAACUUUCAAGCAAUUGAAAUCACUGGCAAUAAGUUUUUGACAUUACUAUAGAGGAAUUGUGUCCCACUUUUUGCAAAAUUAAGCCAUAUUAGAGUGUUUUUCACUAUGAGGUGCCCAUUUAUUUCACACCAUUACAGUUGGUCUAAAGUCUGGUCCACUACAAAACCUGUAUUGUUUUUAGACAUUCACAGACAGACCUGUCGGGGUGCAUUGGGUCAUUUUUCCUGUUGUAUAACCAAAGUGUGCUUCAGUUCGAAGUUGUGAACUGAUAGUCAAAUAUUUUCUGUUAAGAUUUUUUAAUAGAAAAGGGGAUCCAGAAUUUAAAGGAUGUCUUCCAGGUUCUGACGCAGCAAAGCAGCCCCGGACUGUCCCACUCCAACCAUAAUUGGCUUUGGGCGGGACAGGACGCUGCACUAAGAGCCAAUGACGUCAGCGGCACCCUGCAGUCGCUGGGCAGUACCAGCAGAACCGACAGAAGCAAGUUACUAUGGUUCUCACCAAGGAAUACCGGGUGGUCUUGCCCUGUAGCGUUGAGGAGUAUCAAGUCGGUCAGCUCUUUUCUGUGGCCGAAGCAAGUAAAAACGAAACCGGUGGUGGUGAAGGUAUAGAAGUACUCAAGAAUGAACCCUAUGAGAAAGAUGGAGAGAGAGGACAAUAUACACACAAAAUUUACCAUCUAAACAGUAAAGUCCCAGGUUUUGUCAGGCUCAUAGCUCCUGAAGGCUCCUUGGUAUUCCAUGAAAAAGCUUGGAAUGCCUACCCCUACUGCAGAACCAUUGUGACGAAUGAAUAUAUGAAAGACAGUUUCUUCAUUAAGAUUGAGACGUGGCACAAACCGGACAUGGGAACACAAGAAAAUGUGCAUAAACUCGAACCCUCAAUAUGGCAGAAUGUUGCUGUUGUGCCCAUUGACAUCGCAGACAGAAGUCAAGUGUCUGCUGCUGACUACAAGCCUGAUGAAGAUCCAGCCAUGUUCAAGUCUGUGAAAACUGGCAGAGGACCUCUGGGGCCAACCUGGAAGCAAGAACUAGCGAGAACAACUGACUGCCCAAAGAUGUGUGCCUACAAACUAGUCACAGUCAAGUUUAAGUGGUGGGGGCUUCAAACCAAAGUGGAGAACUUCAUUCAUGAGCAAGAGAAACGGAUCUUCACGAACUUCCAUCGCCAGCUCUUCUGUUGGAUUGAUAAGUGGGUGGACCUGAACAUGGAUGAUAUCCGGCGAAUGGAGGUUGAGACUCAAAAGGAGCUCGAAGAGCUUCGCAAAAAGGGUGACGUACGAGGAACCAGUGCUGCAGACCAAUGAAAAGCAACCGGAUUAAAAAUGGCCACCGUGUGUGACGCUGUCUGCAAAGAAUGCUCCCUUUGUUUGCCACUUUUUACCUUAACUGAUUUUGGCUGCGGAGGAAGGAGCACAGCUACCUGCAAUCAAUAGUGCAGAUUCCCUGACUUGACCCCAAUCAUAGACGUUCUGUCCAAUGAGAAUUGAUUUUUUUCUUUUCUUUUUUUUUUUUUUUUUCUUUUUAGAAACCAACAUGGUCUUUCCUGAUGAGACUCUGGUUAAUUUUGAUCAUCAUCAUGUAAAUGAGACUUUUAAAAAAUGAAAGAAGGUAUGUGUUGUAAAGAAUAAUACAAGUGCAAAUUACUAAUCUGGAUCCAUAGUAAAAGGACCAAAUGUUUUGUUUUUUGUAUUUUAUGUACAUUUUUCACAUUCCUGCAGAAGCGAUGUCAUGUGUGACCCUGUGUUGUCUUACCUGAAAGCUCCCUGUUCGUCAAACUCAUGUUUCUUCCUGCCACGGCCUCCAUUAAGUGAUUACUAACACCAUUGGCACUCAUGCCCAUAAUAACCCCCCAAAUCCCCACUCCACCUUAACUGAAGCACUGCAUCUUAUUAUCACUGACAAUCAUGCCUGUACAGAUAUUCAUCGUCUCUCCUGUUCAGACUUGGUGGAAAAAACACACGCACUCAUCAGAACCUGAAGGUGAACGUGUGAAUUCACUCUUAAGAUUGUGAGCAGGCACAGGUGUGGAUGCCUUUGCACUGACUUAUCUGUUACAAGCCAAAGCUGGGCAGAUCCACACAGGCUCGUUCACCUAAAGGAUGUUAGCAGCUUCCUGCAGCCCCCACCGCACCACACACACCUCCCCCUGUCCUCACUGUUCUGAAGACAUUCAUACACAACGCGGUGCAGCGUUCACCUCCUUAACAGACGUCCCCAGAGGGGAAAAAAGUGCACUGAAAAGCGGCCACAGAUGGUGCUACACCCCUCCAGCCAAACUUUGCUGCGUUGAACCAGCCCACCUCCAAAGG